CCCUGAGAGGUUGGUUUCGAGAGAUCAUGCAUCAGAUGUCGGUGCCGGAGUUUUAUCCCCGGAGGAAGCGGAUAGAAGGACAGGGGGCUUCCUUGGCGGAGCAAUUGGGAUUACGAUUGGGAAUGUGGUACUGGAAAGAUGAAACCAGAACUCUUGAAUUCAGAAGUUUUAUACCUGCAGUAGAAUUCAAGGAAAAAGGAAGGAGAGGCAAAGCAAUACACUUUGCUGAAAUUGAUGGUCCAGCUUCGGACAGGUUGACCGAUAAAAAGUUUGCUUCAAGAGACGAUAAAUCACCUAAAGCCUUAGAGAAGCGAGGUCAGCAGGGCAAUGUGACACUCCAUGAUGCUAAAUUUGUUGCUUUGUUUUUACUACAAGAUACUGAGAUGCAGCGGAUCUGUUCUUUUACAACGUUUAUGAGGAAUAAGAAUCUGGACCAUUUCCUCAUGGCAUUAUUGUACUAUUUAUCUCAUUACUUGGAAAAAAUAGCCCUGGAAAAGAAACCCAAAAGCUAUAUGGUGGGCCUUGUAGAGAAAAAAGAGAUGGAAUUGGUUAUGAGGAAGUUAGAAGCAGCACAGAAAUACCUGGCCCAGAAGUACUGCAUCCUCGUCCUGGGCAUGGGAAUGCCCGAGAAGCAUCACAUGUGCUGCGGGAAGGAGAAAAUCUCAGAUACGCAAAAAGACUGGAAAUUCUUUGAGUCCUUUUACACUUUCUGUACGUAUGUAGCUUGGAUUGUCUUCCGACGUCAACACUUCACAGAGAUUGAAGAAGAAAUAGGAAGGCUCUUUCGUACCAGUAUGUUCAAUACUCCUCGGAGGAAGCGUGAGGAUGAAGAAUUAGGAGGCGAAAAGAAACGCAUGACUUUUGUACAGUUCAGGAGAAUGAUGGCGAAACGCCCAGCGAUUAAAAAAGCCAUUAACAUGCGCUCCCCAGUCAUGUCUACUCUGCUGCCAUCUCUCAGAGAAAAAGCUCAGAAUGUCUUUGAGAAGAAGUGUCAUCAAGGAGAUGUCAAACUCCCAGCCCAGAUGCAAGAGCACAUGGAAAGUCUGGACUCUACGCUCAUGCCAAAAGUUGGCAUCUUGGGGGAGCCUCGAUGUCUGUUCAACCCCCAUACCCUUCUUCCCCUUGAACCAGAAGAAAACACAAGAAUGUCUGGGGCACAUUCUUCCCUGAUAGAAAGAAAUAACAUGCGGAUCCAGGAUACGCUGGACUUAGUCAUGAGAACAUUGUCCUCUCAAACAGCAUUCCCUAAAUAAUCCUUGUACGUUCCAUUUCUGUAAGUAAGUCCCGGUUUUUGAAGUAAACUGCUUUGACUUAAUCACUUUA